AUGGCGAAGUCAGUAGAGAUCCGAUCGGACGGUCGUCCUAACAUCGACAUCCGGCCAGCCACACUCGAUGAUGCCAAGACAAUCGCGGAGCUUGGUGCGCAUGUCUUCUCCGUCACCUUUGGCCACUCAGUAGAGCCGCACGAGCUGCAAGCGUUUCUGGACGAGUCAUACAGCAUUGAAGCAGUCACAAAGGACUUGAAAGAUGCCAACAAAGACACCAUUCUCGCAACGGACGCUGCCGGCGACAUCUUGGGCUUCGCCAUGUUGACCCGCGGCUCGACGGAGCCAUGUGUCGCGGACCUCGAGGGCAUUGUCGAGCUGCAGCGGAUCUACUUGUACCCCAAGGCCCACGGCACUGGCACCGGCAAGGCACUUGCAGACAAGUUAGAAGACAUGGCUAGGAAGCAGGGCUUCAAGAACAUCUGGCUUGGCGUAUGGGAAGAGAACUUCCGAGCAAGGAAGGCGUAUGAGAAAUGGGGAUACAAGGCCGUCGGCACUCACGACUUUGUUGUCGGCUCUGUGGUUCAGACGGAUGAUAUCCUGGUAAAGGAACUAUAG